CUCUCUCUCUAUAUAUAUACAUAUACACACACACAUAUAUAUAUGUAUUUAUGCAUGCAUAUCAGUGAUUCUCAACCACUCUUUACCUAUGGACCCCCUCUAAUCUCCAUUUUACUCGGAUGGACCCUCAUAAACAUUUGAUGCUUAAGAUAUCCUAUUAUAUAAAAAUUAAGAAUUGUAUAAAAAAAAAUUUGUCAAAGUAUUUUGUUUAUUGUAGAAGUAUAAACCGAUUUAUUGCAGAUAAAUUUUUAACCACUAAAUCUUAUAUGGACCCCCAAGGGCCAUAUGGACCCUGGGUGAGUACUACUGGCGUAUAUGAAAAAGGGCUAAAAUCAACUCCUAUAAAUACUAGUGCAUCCACAAUUUAAAGAUCUCAUCGGCUGAAAAUGAAAGUUGUUCGGGCCCAGUUCAGUGUUGUCAGUAUUUUUCUAUUUCUUCUUGUGGGAAGUGGCAACAGUAAUACGGAUAGCGGUGGUCACACCAGUGGCGCAGGCCCUAGUAAACAAUGUGGCAACUACUUUCUGUGUUACGUGAACAACUCUUUACAACAUCUAAACAACCUGGAUCCAUCGUUUAAUAGUUCACUCGCUUUUGUGAAGUUUCUUAAAGGCAACUGGGACUCUUACGACGAAGCCUGUGAAUAUAUGCUUCACAUGAUUAACAUCACCUCUGACGAUGAACAAGAUGACACAAACGAUUCCUGCGAUACAAUGUGGGACACGCUCUCAUGCUGGCCGAAGACUGCUGCUGGGAAAGAAUCUUAUAUACCCUGCCCUCAUCCACAUCAAGGAAUUGACUUCACCAAAAACGCAACACGAAAGUGCAGUGAAAAUGGCACGUGGGCAGCAAAAGCAGAUUACAACGGAUGCCUGGACGCUCCACAUCAAGUACAUGAGGAUAAUCUUCGACGUUUGACAGCAAAGACAAGUAUUUUGUAUGUUGGCUAUUCUCUUUCAACUAUAUCUCUUCUUAUUUCACUCUUCAUCUUCAGAUAUUUCAGGAGUCUACAUUGUGUUCGAACUCUUAUACACUGCAACUUGAUGCUAACAUUUGUCUUUAGAAAUAUUCUGUUCAUCAUCUUUAGCUGCAUCUUAAGAGAAGUACACCGUCGACCAUGGGUGUGUAAACUUAUGAUGACAUUUUUCCAUUAUUUCACGACGUCCAGCUUUUUCUGGAUGUUCGUCGAAGGGUUGUACUUGUAUUUCAUGAUUGUCCACGCAAUGCGCCACAACAAAAUCAAGUUUAUCUACUGUAUCAUUAUCGGAUGGGUUGCUCCGAUUCCAUUUUUGAUUCUGUGGAUAAUCUUGAAGAAACUCUACGAAGAUACUCAUUGUUGGCUCCCAGUCCAGUUGUCGGCCUAUGACGCGGUUCUAUACACUCCUGUUAUAACUAUUUUAUGCGUUAAUCUAAUAUUUUUCCUGAAUGUGCUCUGCGUCUUAAUUUGCCAACUUCGAAGAACAGAGGAAUCUUUACAAUACAAGAAAGCUUUCAGGGCGUCUGGAAUUUUAAUUCCUUUGCUUGGUAUAAACUACCUCCUCUUUAUUGUAAACCCGGGGUCCACACCGACUUCAAAAGAAGUGUUCAGCUAUAUCAUUGCUUUCCUGCAAGCAACCCAGGGUCUACUUCUUGCAAUUCUUUAUUGCUUCAUGAACAGCGAUGUUCGCGCAGCUCUAGCAAAGAAAGUUCGAGACCAUAUGGAAACAAGAAGUGUAACUACAAAAUGUACCCACGGAUCUCCGAGUCUUCAGAAGUCUUCUCACGAAGACUAUCAUCUCGUCUCCCUGCGAAUGGCCAGAGUGAGUCCAGGCGAUCAAGAUAGCGUUUCCCCGCAAUGGGAUGCUGAAGAAACGUUAUGUAUAGAUCUGAAAGAAAAAAAUGUACAAUGAAUAAACUUGAUAAAUUCAGAAUUA